CAGCACGGCUGGAAUAUGUCGGAGACCUCCUCCCACGACUCCUUCUACGAUUCCCUGUCAGACGUGCAGGAAGAAGGCAAGAAUGCCGACUUCUUCCCGGGGCUGUCUGCUUUCCUCAGUCAGGAAGAGAUCCACAAGAGCCUGGACCUGGCCCGGAGAGCCAUAGCCGACUCCGAACCAGAGGAUUUCGACUCGGAGAAGGAGAUCUCGCAGAUCUUCAGCACCUCUCGUGCCAGCCGCUGCGAAAACCGCUCCCCGCAGCACACCACGCUGGGAGCGCCCAGCUCCUCGGCCAGCCCGCCGGACAACAGGCCCACGGCUGCGCAGCCUCCCGCCGGGCAGGCCGAGAGUGUGGCGUCACCUGGCCCCAGGAGGAAACCUGCCAAGUCAGCCCUGCUCGCCAGCCCCAGCUACAUCCGGAGCCUCCGCAAGGCUGAGAAGCGCGGCGUGAAAACGCCCAGCAGCGGCGUGAAGCCCAAGCCUACCCGGCCCAGGAAGGGCGGCCCUCAGGGCCAGCUGUGUGACAAGGCAGCCAACCUGAUCGAGGAGCUGACGUCCAUCUUCAGAGAAGCCGCAAAGCCAAGGUCCAGAAGCCCCAACGGGGAGUCCUCAUCCCCGGACAGCGGGUACCUGUCUCCUAAGAACCAGCCGCCAGCCCUGAUGAGCGCCUCGGCCAGCCAGAGCCCCACCGAAGACCACCGCGAGCUGGAGGCCAAGGUCAAGUCACCCGAGGCCGGGCCUGGCUACCACCAGGCGGACCAGGACAAGCCGGCGCCUCGCACCUGCAGCGCGCGUCCACAGCCCCCGACGGCAGCGCCCCCUCCGUCUGCACCUCGAUUCACCCAGAAGCUGAGGAGCCAGGAAGUCGCGGAAGGAAGUCGGGUGUAUUUGGCGUGUAGAGUCACCGGAAGCCCAAUGCCGCAUGUCAGAUGGUUCUGUGAGGAUAAGGAGCUGCACAACAGUCCUGAUAUUCAGAUCCACUGUGAGGGUGGGGACCUCCACACGCUCGUCAUAGCGGAGGCCUUUGAGGACGACACCGGUCGCUACACCUGCCUGGCUACGAACCCCAGUGGCUCAGACACGACAUCCGCGGAGGUGUUCAUCGAAGGUGCCAGUUCAACUGAUUCUGACAGUGAAGGUUUAACUUUCAAAGCAAAAGCUGGAGCUAUGCCACAAGCUCAGAAGAAAACAACUUCUGUCUCCUUAACAAUUGGAUCAUCAUCUCCGAAGACAGGAGUGACUACGGCUGUGAUUCAGCCCCUGUCUGUCCCUGUCCAGCGGGUCCACAGUCCAACUGCGUAUCUCUGCCGACCCGAGGGGACUGCGGCUGCCUACUUUCCUCCUGUUUUCACCAAGGAGCUGCAAAAUACAGCAGCGUCCGAGGGCCAGGUGGUGGUCCUGGAGUGCCGGGUCCGGGGCGCGCCCCCUCUGCAGGUCCAGUGGUUCCGCCAAGGGAGUGAAAUCCAGGACUCUCCAGAUUUCAGAAUCCUACAGAAAAAACCUCGAUCUACAGCUGAACCUGAGGAGAUCUGCACCCUGGUUAUCGCGGAGACUUUUCCUGAAGAUGCAGGCAUCUUUACAUGCUCUGCAAGAAAUGAUUACGGCUCCGUAACCAGCACCGCCCAGCUGGUUGUCACCUCCGCCAACUCUGAAAACUGUAGCUAUGACUCAAUGGGUGAAUCCAACAAUGACCAUUUCCAACACUUUCCACCUCCCCCUCCACUGUUGGAGACAAAUUCCUUUGAGUUGGCUUCGAAGAAACCAUCUGAGGUCCAGCAGGUGAACAGCCCAGACUUGGGACUUAGCAUGGCAGCUCUUCAAAUGCAAUUCAGUUCUGCUGAGAGGGAAACUAACGGCGUCCAUCCCGGCCAUGGAGUAAAUGGACUGAUUAAUGGCAAAGCUAGCAGUCAUAAAUCUCUUCCAACGCCAGCUGUCCUGCUUUCACCCACUAAGGAGCCACCACCUCUGCUUGCCAAGCCAAAACUGGGAUUUCCAAAGAAGGCCGGUAGAACGGCUAGGAUAGCCUCCGACGAGGAGAUUCAAGGCACAAAGGAUGCUGUCAUUCAAGACCUGGAACGCAAACUGCGCUUCAAGGAGGACCUCCUGAACAAUGGCCAGCCGAGGUUGACAUACGAGGAGAGAAUGGCCCGGCGGCUGCUGGGUGCUGACAGUGCGACCGUCUUCCACGUUCAGGAGCCCGAAGAAGAAAGUACUAACCAGGGCGCCGGUUCUCCUCCCGCUUCUGUAGGGAGUCCUCUGGACGGUCAAAAGGAAUACAAAGUAUCCAGCUGUGAGCAGAGACUCAUCAGUGAAAUAGAGUACCGGCUAGAAAGGUCUCCCGUGGAUGAGUCUGGUGACGAAGUGCAGGGCGGGGACGUGCCUGUGGAGAACGGAGUGGCCCCGUUCUUCGAGAUGAAGCUGAAACAUUACAAGAUCUUCGAGGGGAUGCCUGUAACUUUCACAUGUAGAGUGGCCGGAAACCCGAAGCCAAAGAUCUAUUGGUUUAAAGAUGGGAAGCAGAUCUCGCCCAAGAGUGAUCACUACACCAUUCAGAGAGAUCUCGAUGGGACCUGCUCUCUCCACACCUCGGUCUCCACCCUGGAUGAUGACGGCAAUUACACCAUCAUGGCUGCAAACCCUCAGGGCCGCAUCAGUUGUACUGGACGGCUAAUGGUCCAGGCUGUCAACCAAAGAGGCCGCAGCCCUCGCUCUCCCUCAGGCCAUCCUCACGUCAGAAGGCCUCGCUCUAGAUCCAGGGACAGCGGAGAUGAAAACGAGCCAAUUCAGGAGCGAUUCUUCAGACCUCAUUUCUUGCAGGCUCCUGGAGAUCUGACUGUUCAAGAAGGAAAACUCUGCAGAAUGGAUUGCAAGGUCAGUGGGCUGCCAACUCCAGACCUAAGCUGGCAACUCGACGGGAAGCCAAUACGUCCCGACAGUGCUCACAAGAUGCUUGUGCGAGAGAACGGGGUGCACUCUCUGAUCAUAGAGCCAGUCACGUCGGGAGAUGCCGGCAUCUACACGUGUAUAGCCACCAACCGGGCAGGACAGAACUCCUUCAGCUUGGAGCUUGUGGUUGCCGCUAAAGAAGCGCACAAGCCCCCCGUGUUUAUUGAGAAGCUGCAGAACACAGGAGUCGCCGACGGGUACCCAGUGCGGCUGGAAUGCCGUGUUUCGGGAGCACCACCGCCUCAGAUAUUCUGGAAGAAAGAAAACGAAUCACUGACACACAGCACUGACCGAGUGAGCAUGCACCAGGAUAAUUACGGCUACAUCUGCCUGCUCAUUCAGGGAGCCACGAAAGAGGACGCUGGAUGGUAUACUGUGUCCGCCAAGAACGAAGCCGGCAUCGUGUCCUGCACGGCCAGGCUGGACGUUUACACCCAGUGGCAUCAGCAGCCACAGAGCACCAAGCCCAAAAAAGUGCGGCCCUCAGCCAGUCGCUACGCAGCACUCUCGGACCAGGGACUGGACAUCAAAGCCGCGUUCCAGCCUGAAGCCAGCCCGUCGCACCUGACGCUGAACCCCGGCUUGGUAGAGAGUGAGGACCUGUGAGCCGCAUUCUUGUUGGCGGCAGAAACACGGAGACAGCCUUUGCCUUGACCAACAUGGUCCUGCGUUAUAUAAAAGGCAGAGGUGUAUCUCUGACUAUACAAAAUAAACAAACAACACCAAAAUAAUAUUUUUCUUACUUGAUAUACCAAACUUAGCGGUGAAGUAGGUGAUGCUAAUAGAAAUGUACACGUUGCACAGGAAAUUCACAUUUACUGUCCAGUAUAAAACUUUUGGAAUUGCUGUGAUUAAAGUGGUUGAAAUGCCAAAA